UGUCACAUCAGCCAUCCACAUCCCAAAGAGAGGUUUCAUGAUCUUUGUUAUAAUCAAGAGUAGUAUAAAAAAAAAAAGCUAAAGCAAAGCGGAGCCAAAAGUCUUUACCCCCGCCCCGAUUAAAAAGGGGAAGCUCGUAAAGUAAAAAGUAAACUCUGCUGUAUUUUCUCUGGCCCUGCCCGAGACACAACAAUGGGGUCUCUGAGGAAAUCUUCCCUGGCCAGUUUGUGCAUGUUGUUGUGGAUGCCUGUGUUACUGGAAUUUCAUGUGUUGCAUGGAGCUGUGGCUCAGUCGGUGUCUCCAUCUUAUGACAAGCUAGGCUCAGACUUGGGGCUGCAGGUUUUCCUUCAAAUGGUCCAACAGAAGCCACAUGAAAAUGUGGUGCUCUCCCCUCAUGGUGUAGCUACUAUUUUGGGGAUACUGUUGCCAGGGGCUCAUGGAAAUACAAAGCAACAGCUUCUUUCAGGACUCCGAUAUAACAAUAAAGGUCCCUAUAAGAUGCUACAGAAGCUGCAUAAGAUCCUGACAUCUAAGGCCAAAACCAGCUUCAUAACCAUCGCCAAUGCACUUUUUCCACAGGAAGGUUUCAACAUUUACACAAAUUUCCUGAAUACCAUUAGGGACAAUUUCUUUUGUGAUAGCCAUGCCCUUAACUACAACAACCCUAAGCAAUCUGCAGAUUUCAUCAACAGGUGGAUCAAGAACCACACAAAAGGCCACAUCAACAGUCUUUUGAAACCAGAUAUGUUGGACCCAUCCCUGACACGACUAGUGGUAGUAAACUCAAUCUACUUUAAAGGAAUGUGGAAGUCCCGCUUCCCUGUACAGAGCACCAAGAUUAAGAGCUUUACAGGUGGAGAUGGAAAGUCUUACAAAGUGCCAAUGAUGUCCCAACUAUCUGUCUUUAAAACUGGUUGGGCAAAUACUCCUGAUGGUGUGAAAUAUAAGGUUAUAGAGUUACCCUAUCAUGGCAAUCACACAAGCAUGUUCAUUGCAUUUCCUUCUGAAAGGGUAACACCAUUGUCAACAAUCUUACCUCAUCUCACCUUGGAAACAGUGCAUGGUUGGGCCAAACUGAUGCAUCAUGGAAAGAUCCGUCUCUCGUUGCCAAAGUUCACAGCAGAGAUGAAGAUGGAUUUAAAGAGUCCUUUGUGUGCUCUUGGUAUAACAGACAUUUUUACUGAGGGAAAAGCUGACUUUCGUCUCCUCAGUUCAGAACCCCUUCAUAUUUCCAAUGCUCUACAGAAAAUCAAGAUAGAGGUUAAUGAGGAUGGAACUAAAGCAGCUGCUGCAACUACUGCAAUUUUGAUGGCCAGGUCAUCUCCUCCAGUGGUGAUUAUAGAUAGACCAUUCUUGUUCUUCAUCAAACACAAUUCUACAGGAACCAUUCUUUUUGCUGGUCAAAUAAACAAACCUUGAGCACACUAGUGACGAGAACAAGGAGACUCUGACACACACACACACACACACACACACACACUAUAUUGCCAAAAGUUUUGGGACAUCCGCCAUUACAUGCACAUGAACUUUAAUGAUCCCAUUCUUAAUCCGUAGGGUUUAAUUUGGAGUUGGCCCGCCCUUUGCAGUUACAACAGCUGCAACUCUUCUGGGGAGGCUUUCCACAAGGAUUAGGAGUGUGUUUAUGGGAAUUUUUGACUAUUAUUCUAGAAGCACAUUUGUGAGGUCAGGCACUGAUGUUGGACGAGAAGGCCUGGCUUGCAGUCUCUGCUCUAAUUCAUCUCAAAAGUGUUCUGUCAGGUUGAGGUCAGGACUCUGUACAGGCCAGUCAAGUUCUUCCAGAACAAAGUCACUCAUCCAUGUCUGGUUGGUUUGUGCACUGGUGUGCAGUCAUGUUGGAACAGGAAGUGGCCAUCACCAAACUGUUCCCACAAAGUUGGAAAUUGUCCAAAAUCUCUUGGUAUGCUGAAGCAUUAAGAGUUCCUUUCACUGGAACUAAGGGGCCAAAAAUAACCCCUGAAAAAUAACCUCACAACAUAAUCCCCCUUCACCAAACUUUACACUUGGCACAAUGCAGUCAGGCAAGUACUGUUCUCCUGGCAACUGCCAAAGCCAGACUUGUCCAUUGGAUUUCCAGACAGAGAAGCAUGAUUCAUCACUCCAGAGAACAUGUCUCCACUGCUGUAGAGUACAGUGGCAGCAUGCUUUACACCACUGCAUCUGACACUUUGCAUUGCACUUGGUGGUGUAAGACUUGGAUGCAACUGCUCGACCAUGGAAACCCAUUCCAUGAAGCUCUCUACACACUGUUCUUUAGCUAAUCUGAAGGCCACCUGAAGUUUGGAGGUCUGUAGCUAUUGACUACUGACUAAGUUGGCAACUUUUGCGCACUGUGCACCAAAACGUGAUCUGAUCCCACUCAGUGAUUUUACGUGGACUACCACUUCGUGGCUGAGUUGCUGUUGUUCCCAAUUGCUUCCAGUUUAUUAUAAUACCCAUAACAGUUGACUGGAAUAUUUAGUAGUAAGGAAAUUUCAGGAAUGGACUUAUUACACAGGUGGAAACCUAUCACUGUACCACACAGAAGCAGUCUGCAUACCUAGGUGCUUGAUUUUACACACCUGUGGCCAUGGAAGUGAUUGGAAGACCUGAAUUCAAUGAUUUGUAUUUGUUCAAUGAUCUACAAGCAAAACUUUUGGCAAUAUAUAUGUAUAAUUUGUACAUACCGAUAUAUGCAUCAAUCAGGCAUAACAUUAUGACCACUGACAGGUGAAUAACACUGAUUAUCUCCUCAUCAUGGCACCUGUUAGUGGGUGGGAUAUAUUAGGCAGCAAAUAAACACUUUGUCCUCAAAGUUGAUGUCUUAGAAGCAGGAAAAAUCGUCAAGUGUAAGGAUUUGAGCGAGUUUGUCAAAUACCAAAUUGUGAUGGCUAGAUGACUAGAUCAGAGCAUCUCCUAAACUACAGCUCUUGUGGGCUGUUCCUGGUCUGCAGUUGUCAGUAUCCAUCAAAAGUAUCCUUUAAUUCCUGUAAGUCCUUUAAGUUCUGUAAGUAUCCUUUAAGUCCUGUAAGUUGCUACCUUCAGGACUUAAAGGAUCUGCUGCUAAUAUCUUGGUGCCAGAUACCAAAGCACACCUUCAGGGAUCUAGUUGAGUCCAUGCCUCGAUGGAUCAGGGCUGUUUUGGCAGCAAAAGCCAACGCUAUACUACGCAGGUGGUCAUAAUGUUAUGGCUGAUGUAUAUGUCUGGUUAUUGAAUUACUCAGACAGGUUAGAGAGAGGUACAUAUAUAUAUAUAUAUACAGCUUUGUGUUUGUCUAUAUAAUUUUCUUGCUAUUAGAAAACAUUACACAGCAAUAUUAUUUUGCUUUAUAUUACUAUAUUCUUGAUAGAGGGCUAUAUGUAUUUGCUGGUAACAAUUUGCUGGUAACAAACAAAUAAACUUAUUAGUUUACUAAACUAGUUGUGCAUAACUGUGUUUUAUAUACAAUUAAUUUAAAGGUACACUCCAAAUUCAUUUAAAGGAAAUCAUCUAAAUUCAUUAAAAGUAGCGAUUAUUUAAGAAAGUUUCUUUUGUUUUUACAAAUUUAUUUCCAGAACAGUCAGUCACAUCAAUUCAGAUAGAAUAGCAGUAUUGGUCUCAAAUUUAA